GAAAGUGACGUCACCCUGACGUCACCACGUGCUUUUUAACGCGGUCGCUACGAGACGCGCCGUUCAAACAGUCCGCUGGAUGUCUCCGUGUCCGCGUGUCCUCUCGCUCGCGCUCCUCGCCCUGUGUUCGGGCUUCAGUUCCGCGGACCGGACGCAGUUUAACGAUGGACCUCUGCUCGUCGGGCCGAGCCAGCCGGUCGUGGCGUCUCCGGGCGCCGACGCCGUCCUGCCGUGCCGCCUGCAGCCCGCCUUCGACGUGGUGAGCCUGACGCUGGAGUGGUCCAUGGCCGACCUGAAGCCCGACCCCGCCGAUCCGCUGAGCCGGGUCGGCUACGUGCACCUCUACCGCGGCGGCAGCGAGGUCCCCGACAUGAAGAUCCAGGCGUUCGCCGGGAGGACGGAGCUGCUCGCGGACGCCCUGAAAGACGGAGACGUUUCACUCCGGAUCAAGCGAGUGACGGCGGCCGACCAGGGACGCUACAGAUGUCACAUCCCCAAGUUGCCCGGCCCGCUGAAGGAGCUGGUCGUAGAGCUGCUGGUUGAACAAGAUGAUGAUGAUGAGACGAAGAUUCAUCUGGAUCCCCAAAGUCUCCCCAAUCCAGAUGAGGAGGCCGAUACAGGUGGUCGGCUCUACCUGGGCACUUUGAUCUCGGGGGCCUUCUGCGUCCUGCUGGUCCUGCUGGUCCUGGGGGUCCUGCUGGUCCCGGGGGUCCUGGGGGGGGCAGUCACAUGUUCACUUAAGCGCCUCAGAGACAACCGUCCCGAGUGCGACGGCGCUGCAACCGACCCGCUCGAGGUGGGUGAGAACCAUCCGUGAGGACCUCGCCUGGUCCCCCCCCCCCCCCGACACACUCCGGAUCACUACGAAGGCCCAGCAGGCCUGUGGGUCCAUUUGAAGACUCUAAAGAAGGAAAAAAAAAAGGUGCGGAUGUUUGACGUUGCUGCACACGUUUCGGUUGAGACGGUGAGGAAGAGGAGCCGUGAACAGUCUCUUCAUCUCCACGAGAUGGUUUAGCUCUGUUAGCUUAGCAUCGUGUUGCCUUUAAAGAGUAAGGGCACAAUUUGCGUUGGAGGUUUUUGUUCCCUGUUGUUGUGCGUUUUGUUGCUGUAACGACACAUGAAGUCUGUUGGUAUUUUGCAUGUUUUUGCAGCGAUGAAGUUCAGACGUUGGUUUUACUAAAGAUGAAAACCUGCUGCGCCUCCAUGAGCCGCUUUAAUUCAUUUGAAUUAAACUGAUGCGAAGUGGCCUCUUGCACUGUGAUGAAAACGAUCAGUGAGUGAUUUGGUGUUUAAUGACUAAAUGUUGUAGAUUACAGUCCUGAAGCAAAGCGGAUUUGACUUGUCACUUUUUUGAAUGAUGUUCUGUCACGUUCCUGGAAACCGUUUGAUGUUUACUUUGUUCUUUUGGUGCAACCAGAUUUAAAUGACUGAAUAUCUGUUACAAACCAUCUUCCUGUUGGACGUUUUUCUUAUUUAUUCAUACUGAUGACAUGUGCGAUUUAUUUAAAACUCACAAACUGCUCUCAACUUCCUGAAAGUGCCUUUUGAUCGCUGCGCCUUUUCCCUCCGUCCAUUCAAGCACUGAAUUAAAACAUUUGCACUAUAAUGUUAAAGCGUGUCAAAUAAAGACAUUACAACGUCA